UGUGUCACGUCUUCAAAUUGCUCGAAUGCGUUUGUCUCUAACAAGAAAAGAUACUUAUUUUAUUUCAAAGAACCUUCGGCUAUGUUUCAGUCCUGUAAUGCACUUUGGCUCUUAUUUCGAGCUCUCUUUGGUCGAUAAAUGUAACCGAAAGCCAAUCAGAUUUAUAAGUCAGAGACACUUUAGUCGACAGAUACCGAAUUACGCCUUUCUCUUUUCGUGAUAAGAUACGAAAGCAAGAUUAUUAUAUGCUUGACGCGCGUUAUCAAAAAACACGGCUGUGUUUCGCGUCGAGUAAACACGCAGAGUGAUCUAUUUAUCACCUGACAGACGAGUACAGAUCCGAUAUCGACCAUGCUGCUGUGACGUUCAGCUACGGCCCUGAUCCGCGCGCGCAUGGCGCGUUCUGGCGGCCGGUCGGCGAGCCUCGCAGACGGGCAUUCAGGAAAUGGCCGACAGCAGAGACAGUUUGCCCGAUAGGAUGAUCGUGAAAGACGGGAACCUACACGAUUGCCCGAUCACGGAUCCAGCGUCCGACACGCAGAGCCUAGAGGCAUCAAAUAAUGCCUUUCACGGCCAGAGAACGAAAUUAGACUCCAAGUCCGGAGCGUUGAAGAAGUCCAGCCGCUACCGCAGCCGCUCCUUGUCGGCCAGCAGCACCGACAGUUACAGUUCCGCAUCUUAUACAGGGAGCUCGUCCGAUGAGGAUGACGUGUCGCCGCGCGAGAAGAUCCAGAAGACGGAGAAGGGCUUCACGGACUUCUGCGUGCGUAACAUCAACCAGCACGCCUUCGGCCGCAGGGAGAUCGAGAUCGCCGAGCAGGAGAUGCCCGGGAUCAUGGCGUUGCGGAAGCGCGCCGCCGAUGACAAGCCGCUGAAAAACGCUAAGAUCGUGGGCUGCACUCACAUCAACGCGCAGACCGCCGUCCUGAUCGAGACGCUGGUGGAGUUGGGCGCGCAGGUACGCUGGGCGGCGUGCAAUAUUUAUUCCACGCAGAACGAGGUGGCCGCGGCGUUGGCGUACGCCGAGUAUCCGGUGUUCGCGUGGCGCGGCGAGACCGAGGAGGACUUCUGGUGGUGCAUCGACAAGUGCGUCGCCGCUGAGAAUUGGCAGCCGAAUAUGAUACUGGAUGACGGCGGUGACGCCACACACUUGAUGCUCAAAAAGUACAAUGCCAUGUUUAAAAUGAUUCAAGGAAUUGUCGAGGAGAGCGUAACAGGCGUGCAUAGACUGUACCAGUUGUCCAAGGCAGGUAAACUUGCUGUCCCGGCGAUGAACGUGAACGACAGCGUGACGAAAACCAAGUUUGAUAAUCUUUAUAGCUGUCGUGAGAGCAUUAUCGAUAGCUUAAAGAGAUCCACCGACGUCAUGUUUGGCGGCAAGCAGGUUGUAAUAUGCGGCUACGGGGAGGUCGGAAAGGGAUGCUGCCAAGCCCUCAAGGGCUUGGGCUGCAUCGUGUAUAUCACCGAGAUCGAUCCCAUAUGCGCGCUGCAAGCCAGCAUGGACGGCUUCAGAGUGAUGAAGCUCAAUGAAGUCAUUCGAAAUGUAGACAUUGUUAUUACAGCGACAGGCAAUAAAAAUGUGGUGACGCGCGAGCACAUGGACAAGAUGAAGAACGGAUGCGUGGUGUGCAACAUGGGCCACAGCAACACCGAGAUUGACAUCAACAGCUUACGUACACCUGAUCUAACAUGGGAGAAAGUGAGAUCGCAGGUGGAUCACGUAAUCUGGCCGGAUGGCAAGCGCAUUGUUCUCUUAGCAGAAGGCCGUCUGGUGAACUUGUCGUGCUCGAGUAUACCGUCGUUCGUAGUAUCCAUUACUGCCGCUACGCAAGCGUUGGCCCUAAUCGAAUUAUUCAACGCACCAGCGGGACGGUACAAGAGCGAUGUUUACUUGUUGCCGAAGAAAAUGGAUGAAUACGUCGCCUCGCUGCAUUUACCCACGUUUGACGCGCAUCUGACGGAACUAACGGAUGAGCAGGCAAAAUACAUGGGCCUCAACAAAGCGGGUCCCUUCAAGCCUAACUAUUACCGCUACUAAAAACCAAUGGGCGAGUAAUGUGGCAUUGACUAGCACGUGCGACACUCAUUCAGCAUUACACACCUCUUUACAAGUAUUAAAACAGCCGCCGACAACCCGUCUGCUAUACCGUUCCUUCCCCCUUUCCCCUCCCCCACUUUGUUCCGGUUGGCUUUCUUUUGUCCCACUGACGCCAAGUUUUCUUGUCGUUAAAUCGAUAGAGAGAGACCUUUUAUUUAUGGUUCAACCUUCGUGCAGAUUCGCGCUGCGUGAAUUCCGUUGUUAUUAUCCGUGCUAAUCAUCCGCAAACAAUACGUUAAUAACGUCGUAGUGAACACACACUUGAUCCAACAAUUAUCCAAUAAUCGAUAUUAAGAACGACCAGAGCUAGGCUUAUCUAGCAGAAAGAGGAAACGUCUUUUCAAGAUACACGAGAUACACUCCCGACACGGUGUAUGUGUGUGUGUGUCUCUUGUCUCUUUUUAAAGAUAUUUGUUCCAAGUCCACGUAUUCGCGGUAUUGUGUGCCCAGCCAUAGAUAUAAUUUUAGAUUUGCGAAUCCGAUUAACUUUCAUAACAGUUUUCCUCUUCGAGAUGUGCGAGUGUACAGUCCGUUAUUGUUGAGAUAAAUCGAGAGAAAGAGUGAGAGUGCGAGAGAAAGAAAGAGAGAGAGAGAGAGAAAGACUCUGAAAAAUUGUCAGACUACGCACGCAAAUCGUUGAUCGAAUAUUGUAGAUAAAAACACGAGUGUAUAGUUCGCAAAGCCGGAGAGCCAAUUGGAAUUAUAUCUGUCCAUUAGAUAUACUACGUUCAAUAAGUUUUAACACUAGUUUGUAAAAAAUAAUAACAAAUGUUUUAAAUAAUAUCGACAGAAGAGUAGAUAUUGUAAUGUAAAUCUGCUCCGAGAGCAGAUUUCGUGGGAGAUGCAUUUUUAACCAAAAAACAUAGAAAAAUCACAUCCAACCUCCUAAAAAAUCAUCUUAAGAACAAUAAAAGAAUCAACAAAAA